CAUCAACUCUCGGAUCGGAUUCGUUGGAGAUACGCACGUCUUGGCUACAGACUCGCUUCUGCGCGAACGGUUACUCCGACUCCUCCCAUAUCGCUUCGCUUUGUCUGAUGUGGAUGGUGGUAAAGAGCGCCGCCAGAUCCUGGUCAUCUCUUGGCCGUGAGAGUUGCUUCUUCUGGCAGGUCCAGGCGUUGAUGGCAGCUUCUUGCUUGGAGCUCGUCUACCUUACCCCAAAAGCUGUGAUGGUUUGCAUUGCGGCUCCGCCAAGAUGGACGAGUCUCUUAUCUUGCGGCGGCCGACGUUGCUCGGAUAGCGUUCGGAAAGAGAUCCGCCUCGAGGUAUAAAGACGGCCAGGAUGACCGAUGAGAGGUAUCUAGCCAGACCAGCUCCAGCCGCCAAAAGGCCAGUCGUCAACCGCGCGAUGAAGCUUCCUUUCUCUUUAUCAGGAGGCAUUACUUCCUUGCUUCUCAUCGGAAGCCUGGCAGGUGAUGUUCUCGCCAACAAGCUCGACAAGAGCGCGCAAACUGUGCGCCAGAAGAACCGCGGCCGAAGGGCGCUGAUGAGAAGCUUGGAGAGCCGCUCAAACCAGCAUCCAAGUGACCGUUGGAACGGCAAGCCUCCUAAUGAAGAGUCUGCAUUAACAUGCGAAGACACUCCUCCGCAGGAGAUCAACGCUCCGAAGGAGAAUGUCUGGUAUGGUCUAACUGAUGACGAAACUGCGGAUGUCGCGAAGUGGCUGUUCGGUCGGCCAGAGCUGAAUCUUACUACAUCCGAGAUCGCAGGGGAGUGGGAAAACACAAUUGCGCUCAUCGAGCUGCAACGCCCAAACAAGACCGAGACCCUUGACUACUUGGACGGUAGUGGACCUGAGCCGACUCGAUAUGCCCAUGUUCGCCUGAACAAUAGGGCUACCGUUGACGCCCACUAUGCGGACAUUCUAGUCGGACCACUACCUAUUACCAAUAAUGCCACCUGGGUGCCGUUGGAGUUUCCGUACACCCGCAAAUCUCAAGGCCGCGUGCGCAAUGUGGAGCCUGAUAGUGAGACUAUGUACUCCGAGUGGCUGUUCAAGAUCACCGCUUCGAUCGCAGACAUCACUUUGGAUUUGUGGAACGGAACGGCCUUGGGUCUUGACAACGAUACCCUGGAUGUUUGGGGUAUCGACCCUCUAUGGCAAGAAGACGGACGCAUCAUCCGCUGGGAUGUGUUCUGGAACAUGGCCACUGGCGAGUCCGAUAGCGGUACCCUCCUGCCACUGGGUCUGUAUUUUAAAUCCGAUGUCACUGGACGUGACCCAUCGCAGUGGAAAGUUCUCGGCUGGCUGUACAACGACAUUUUUUACGAGACCACAGAGGAGUUCCGAGAGGCAUACUGGUCUCCCGGCUUCGUCAAGCUCGGUGCUAAUGUUGACGGUCCCUGGGCUCGCGUUGGCCAGCAAGGUGCUGUUCUCCCCAAAGACAGGAAGCAGCCUCCACUUGCAGUGGCUCCAGAUGGGGCACGGUACUCUGUCGACACCGAGCGCAAGUAUGUGUCGUGGAUGGACUUUUCCUUCUACAUCAGCUUCAACCGGGACACUGGCCUUUCCCUCUUCGAUAUCAAGUACAAGGGGCAGCGGGUGCUCUACGAAUUGGGACUCCAAGAAGCGUUGGCACACUACGCUGCAAAUGACCCCGUUCAGUCUGGUGUCGCGUACCUAGACUCCUAUUAUGGUUUCGGGCCUUACGCCUUCGAGCUGCUCAAGGGCUACGACUGCCCGUCCUACGCCUCGUAUCUCAACACGUCUUUCUACAAGUCAGAGGAGACACAUACCCACGUGGACAGUCUGUGCUUGUUUGAGUUUGAUGCUGACUACCCUGCUGCUCGACACUCGACUUCUGACUUUGUGACUGUCACCAAGAACGUGUACUUCACUCUUCGCACGGUGUCUACUAUCGGAAACUAUGACUACAUGUUCAGCUACAACUUCCACAUGGACGGUACAAUCGGUGUCGAAGUACGCGCAUCUGGCUACAUCCAAUCCGCCUACUACGCCAACAACCAAGACUUCGGCUACCAGAUCCACGACUCCCUCUCCGGAUCCAUGCACGACCACGUCCUCAACUUCAAGGCCGACUUUGACAUUCUCGGCACCGAAAACACCGUUGAACUAACCUCCGUCGUCCCUGUUGAGAAGACAUUCUCCUGGAACGGCAACAAAACCCGCAACACCAUGCAGCUGCAGCGCUCGAUGAUCGAAUCCGAAGACGACGGCCGCUUCAACUGGGGCUUCAACGGCCAGACGCAGAUCCACAUCAUAAACCAAGACGAGAAGAACAAGUACGGCGAAUACCGCGGCUACCGCAUCCUGCCUUCCUCCGGGACUGCACACCUUACAGUGAAGAACUCCACCAACCUAGCCAACGCUGCGCACUGGGCCGAGUACGAUGUCCAAGUCACGCAGCAGCACGACUACGAGCCCUUCGCCGCACACCCGUACAACAGCCAGGAUAUCCACGACCCGCCCGUGGACUUUGAGAAAUUCUUCAACAGCGAGAGCCUCAACCAGACUGAUCUCGUCGUCUGGUUGAACCUGGGCAUGCACCACGUCCCGCACACGGGCGAUCUGCCCAACACCGUCUUCACGACCGCGCACUCGGGCGUCCAGUUCAUGCCCCUCAAUUACCUCCUCGGCGACGCUAGCCGCCAGACCGUCAAUAUGGUCCGCGUGGACUACUUCAAUGGGUCGGCUACCUCGAUCGAGACCUUUGGGCAGUCGAAUGAGACUUGUGGCGUGCAACUGUCUCCUAUCGAGGAUGAACUGUGGGCGUACCAGGGCGACGUGAUUGUGCGCAAGUUCCCGUACAAUCCCAACGACCCGUUCUAUGAGACUUGA